CCUACACUCUUGACAAACAAGAGAUAUCGUCUGCUUCCAGUGCAGUCAAACCGCUGCUAGAGGGUGCUGUUGUGCGCCUCGAAGUGCAGACGUGUACAAAGGCAUCGUGCGCUGCCGGCAUGGCAGAUCAAACCAGUACAACCGCAGUGCCAGAUCUACAGGCCAUUCUUGCCACUCUUGCCCAGUAUUCUGCUCAAAAUGCUGCGGCUGCUCCAGCGACAGGCACGGAUCCUAGCACACCACAGCCUGAAGAUGCGUCGCAGCAGAACCGAGGCGUUACCAGCCUGCCAGCUGAGCGAGAGCAGCCCGCGAAGUCGUUUGACCCACGCCUUCCACGCCCGCAGGGCCGAUCAGCAACUUCGACGCCAAAGCCUAUGAUUGACCCGGCAACAAUCACCGUCUGGCCAGAGGCUCUACGAUGCGUGACCAAAAUCGGAGCGCAAAACCCACAGUUUGCCGUGAGCAUCAAGCGGAUGAUGAAAGAUCAGCGAGCCAACGAGAUGCGUUGGUAUUCCGAGAGACAGAACCUUAAGCAUGUGCACGCCAACCGAGCUGCUGAGACUGCCAAAGCAGAGUCUAUUCUCAAGUCCUUGAACCAGAACUCUUACGAGCCUUUGCCUGAGCUCGAAACGCCAGAGGAGAAGAAGGAACGGGAGCUCGCUGAAUUCGAUCGAAAGAUCUACGCUGCGCAGGAGACCAUGGCGGCCGCUAUGACAGCGGAAUUGAAGAGUCUGGGCGUCCCCUUCUUUGGGGCGAGCGAGUCCUUGAUCGUGCCUGAUGACCGAGACCUGUCGGAGAGCAAGCUGCCAGAUGGUCAUCCCAAGUAUAGUCCGCUUGUGACCAGAAGCGAGUUGAUGGCAUUGCAAGGAAAGAUGGUGGAUCUCCUUGAGGACUUGUAUCGCGAUUAGUGGCGUAUGGCGCACGAUGACUUCCCUUGCAAGGCGAGCUUGUUCAGGCCUUGCCCAUAUGAUCGGUAGCACGUCGAGCGCGCUGUCAGCUGCCAAAAGUGAGUAGGUAGCCGCCCCAGGUGGCAGUAGCAGUCUAAGCAUAUGAAAGUAUGGGCUCUGGUGCUACUCAUUCACCUUACUCCCACGUGCUCAAUGCACACUGGAGGCACAAAAGACGGUCCAAAUCCAUUCGCAACCUGAUCAUCUUGUUCAACAUCCCAAAGCACAACAACUACGGAACAGGUCCACGCAGGACCAGCGCAGCCAACGGGUAUCUGCC